CCCUUUCUUUUCCUUUCUCCCUUCAAUUUAUAAAUAACCACAGCUGCUGAGGCUUAUGCAUACGAAAAAGAAACAGCCUUUCUCCCUCUCUGUGAAAUCAACUGAUCUUCGAUCGAUCAAUCAAUCAAAAAUGGCAACGACAGCUGAGAAAAGAAAGCCGGUGUUCAUCAAAGUAGAAGAACUCAAGCCUGGCACCAAUGGUCACAAUCUCACUGUCAAAAUUCUUGAAUCUAAACCAGUCCCUGUCCCUAAGCCACGUCGUGCUCCUAUGUCUCUCUCUCAACGCCCUCAACGCCCUUCUCGAAUCAAUGAAUGUCUUGUUGGUGAUGAAACUGGUUGUAUUGUUUUCACUGCAAGAAAUGAACAAGUUGACAUUAUGGAGCCUGGUGCCACUGUCAUCCUGCGCAAUGCCAAGAUUGACAUGUUCAAGGGGUCUAUGAGGCUUGCCGUAGACAAGUGGGGACGUGUUGAAGUUGCAGAACCUGCUAACUUUGCAGUUAGAGAGAAUAACAAUCUUUCUCUGGUGGAGUAUGAAUUGGUUACUGUUCAAGCAUGAUUAGCGUUUCUUAUGGGAGUGAAUAUUUCAAAUUUAGUAAAGACUUGAUUAUUGUUCCCUGGUUGUGAACUAUAACUUAUAUAUGAAGCCUAAGAUAUGCUCAGAAGUUGUAAGUUUUAGCAAUAUUGCGUUGUUAAUGCCACAAUUAUCAGAUUGAGAAUGAAAUACUAGUUAAAUGUGAUUAGCCAAA